CUGCCGGCUAGCUUGUCACCAAACAAUGUCAACCAGCCACAGCAGCUCCGGUCGGCAUCAGGAUAGUUCUCCUUCCCAGCAGAACGCUUGUCUUCGAACCAGGACUCCAAGUGGCAGAUUAGAUGAUGAUAGCACAUCUGUGGUCUCACAGUCUGGUUUAUCGUCCCCGUUGUCAUCUGCGUUGUCGUCCCACGCAUUUGUCUCUCCCAUUCCCCUGAGACAAGGGGCCUCGCAGAUAAAGGACGACCGAACCUUGUCCCAAGUCUCUCAACAUACGAACGAUGAUUCAGCUUCCGGCAGGGAUGUGCAACAGAAUAACCCAUCCCAACCUCGGGAUGGUGAACAUCAACUAACAAAUACAACCACGACCAGCUUCAAUUCCUUCUCCCAGCGCAUUGUGAGAGAUGGUAAAGUGAUUGUGACAAAUUCAGACGAGGAUACGGACUCUCUCUCAGAUAUAGAAUCGGCAGAAGAUCUAUUAGCCCGAUUUCUAAAACCUCCAGCCUCAGUGCGGCCUCUUUCCUCAUCGUCCCACUCUCCCCGACCUGGUAGGGACAAUACCGACGCCGGGCGCCCUACCAAACUUCAACAGCUUCUCUCAGGUCGCAGCUCUCUAAAACUCAAUGACCGCAAAGAUUUGCCGAAGUAUCAAUUUUCUCUGGACACACUUGUCGCAGACGCAGCCAAUGAUAAAGCGACCGAAGCCAAAGUUGCGAAAAUAAAGCAGGGCCUGCUGCCAAAAGUGCAACCCGAAAGGUGCCGUGGUGUCCUGCGUGCUGAUCUCCUAGCUGCAGCUGUCGAGGAUGAGACGGAUACUAAAGGGAUUCAGCGACUGAAGGAUGCGGUUGAGCGGACAGAAACGUUCGCGACAAGGAAGAUCUGGUUGUUCUUUGAAGAAAACACCCCAGUUGUACCAUAUCCGAGGUUUCCUUCGGGGUGGAUACAGCCUGCGUCGUGGGAAUGUAAUCUAGAGGUCCCUGAAACGCGUGGUCCAGCAUUCAUCUCCGGAAUUGUCUCGAAUAGGUUAUCGAGCAGGAUGCUGCCUGACGAGGUGUUACUGUGGUUGCUACAAACUGUCCCCACGGGGCAGGAUGGUUACAUGCAAUCGGUAAAUGUCGCAGUAUUGGAGCAAUCAUCUGCGGGACGCAUAUCGUCGUUAAUAACCCCAAGCCAUAUCGAUCAGCUUUUUCGAAGGCUCGGAGCAAGACAGGCUGCAUUAGACGUCUCUCUCAGUCUACAACCCGAUCACCAUAUCUCUGAUGCUAACGCUUUGCUCUAUAGAAUACUGGAAUCGGGAUACUCGAAACCUCCUAUCAGUAUUAGAACUCUUACGUUCAAUGACGACACCCGGCAACAUGCUCUUAAAAUCACCCUUCGACUUGCGAUAGACGAGGCAGUCAUGAACGACUGUCUCAUAUGCGUUGAAGUACAAAACUUCAUAACAACCAACCUUGCAAAUCCUAUUACAAUACCAGAUCAAACACUUGUAAAUCUCUCUCUACACCUCUUCAAAACUAUAAACGAGGUCGAACUCCAAAACCAACUCCUAAACAAUAUCCUCCCCACCAGCCCUCGCGUUGCCCUCUUCCGCUGCCGCCUCGCCUGGGCGUGGUUCUAUUGCGAUCCUUCCUUCCUCGACAGGCCCAAAAGCCAGCUCUUCGAUCUUCCCAGCCUGACCAAAUACCUCAAACACGACCUACGCUUCAACACAAACAUGCGCUCCAAUGGAUCCAACGAUCAAUUCAAUUUCUGGGAACUACACGCGCUGACUUCCAUCCUAGACAUAGCCAUCGAUUCCGGCACGACCAUACCUUCAUUCGUAAACAAGAACGGCGACGUAGACAGGAGGGCCGAACAUCAAUUCAACGCCGCCAUAGACGAUUUGGCGGAUUGUAUCAAGGCCAUUUUCUCGGCAAUCAGGGAUUCGGGGGCGUCGCACUUGCGGAGAUCAGAGACGAGGGAGCGGUUACAAGCGUUGUAUUAUCGCCUUACGUAUGGGGUGCGGACGAGGCCGAGGCCGCCAAAGCAGUGGUUUGUGAAGACGGAAGGGGAGAAGGGAGAGGCAGAUAAGCAUCAAAAGAAGAUACAUGAGUACGGUGUGGUUCAGGAUGCUGGAAAUAGUGCUUUAGGUGCUCUACAGCAUUGA